CACUGAACCAGUCACGAGACUUCGAUGACAUAUAUUGUACUGCCCUAACCUGCUCGUGUGAAUCAGAGCGAAAAGCUUGGAAGAGAACAGACAGCUCGUACUUCAUGAUCAUGAUUUGAGUGGGAAAGCACCGUUCUGAACGUGUACAUAUCUCUUCUGACGCGGUACAGACGGAAAGGAUGGCGGAACCAGGACGCAUUGCAUUUUGUGAUUUUGAGAAAAGAGAAGAAAUGUCGCCUGGUCAGAUCGCGGAAGUCUUCAACAAAGUUGCAAGUGUGUAUGAUGAAACGUGGAAAGCCAGAAAUUACAGGGACCACGUGUAUGUGGCUGAAGGUGUAUUGGACUACUACCCGGGGGACAGAGAGUCUGUCCGUGUGCUGGACGUGGGGGCCGGGACUGGCAUGUUGGCGGAGGAGUUAUGGAAGAAAGGGUUUCGGCUAAUGGACGGCCUUGACCCCUCGGAUGGUAUGAAGGUAGAAGCCACCAGGAAAGGCGUCUACACUAAUUACUACACGGAAUUCAUGGACGGCAAACCUAUAGACGGAUUGGCGACAGGUAGACAGACAUACGCUGUUCCUCUCAUGUCAUAUCGAAUCUGA